CUUGCUUAGAAAACGCCUUUCUUUGAAAGGCCUCUGGCUGCUGGUCUUCUAACCGGCACUCCCCGCCAAGAGGGACCGGGCCUCCCUGUAGUCCCGAGGGCGCCCGGCCAAUCCGGCUGGGAGGUGCUGCCCAGCUGCGCGCUUCCUGUUUGCCCCGAGAGCGGCUGUGCCCAAGUUUCGCGGGGCGCAGCAAGCGAAGGCGCAACCUGUAGUGGGGCGCGGAGUCCAGAGAAGCCUGAGCGAAGAUGCGGCUGGGCUGCAACAAUUUUAUGAAGUUAGCAGGAUUUCUCUUUGCAUCCAUCUGUGCUUGGUACUUAGGAUCCUUAUUUGCAUAUAUCAUACCGGAAGACUCACUGGUAGCAACUAUUGACAACAUUCAGAAAGUUGGAGAAAAACCAAUACUUCGGGCACCACCACCAAAAAGACAGAAAUGUAAUCAUUGGUCUCCAUGUCCAUCUGGGAGUUAUGCUUAUCGCUUACUCAGUGGUGGGGGCAGAGACAAGAUGGCAAAAAUCUGCUUUGAAGAUGAACAGCUCAUAAGCGAAGAAAAGCAAAAUGCAGGGAGAGGAAUCAAUAUUGCCGUUGUGGACUAUGACACCGGAAAAUGUAUGGAUGCAAAAUAUUUUGACAUGUGGGAAGGAGAAUUCUCUGGACACAUGAUAGAUUUCAUCAAAAAGGCUCCACAAGGUUCUCUACUCCUGAUGGUGACUCAUGAUGAUGGAAGCACCAAGUUAAAGCAGGAUGCAAAAAAGGCAAUAGCAGACCUCGGCAGCAAAGAAAUACAGAACAUACGAUUCCGGUCAAGCUGGGCCUUCAUCGCUGCAAAAGGUUUCAAGUUGCCAGAUAAUCUAGAAAAAGAAAAGAUCAAUCAUUCUGAUGGCAAGAAGAACCGAUAUGGUGGCUGGCCUGCUGAAAUCCAGAUAGAAGGCUGUAUUCCCAGAAACCUACGCUGAAUUUUUAAAUUCAGCUAUACAGACAAAGUGGUUUAUUAUGUUUCUACAAUAUAUCCUCAUAAGGAUUUGACAGAGGCUGAAGUAUCUGUCUUUGAAUAGAAAUUAUAUUUAUAAUUUUAAAAAACCAUGUACUGCUAUUUUGUCCCAUUCGUGGGAUAUACACCAUUAGUUAAUUUUUUUAAAAUGUUGUGUUUUAAGAAAAGAAAACAGCUUAGACUUGAUUCACUAACUUCACAGAGUUCACUAAAGAAAUAAAAUUUACUGUAUGUGUGUUUUCGUUUCGAGUUUCCACUGUUCAGCCGUACAUUUUCAAAGUUAAAGUUGCCAAUGAAGAAUCCCAGUUGUAUGCUCUCCUCUCCACUGAAGCAUUAGCCCAAGCUAACCAUGAAAAGAGUGGUUAUAUAACUAACACAGUUUGUACUUGAAUGUACAGGUAUUUAUUACUUGAAUUUUUCUGGAAGCAUAAAAAAGAUUUCAUAUUCAAA